UGGGCUUUGGUUGAUGGACAAAAACAUAACAUAAAUAAACGACAUCGACUCCUAUCACAACACUCGAACAGAAGAACGGAGAAGACAUAUAAACAUAACACAACCAUAGUACAACAACUUGAAACAAACAAUAAACUCCUCCCUCUCACCGAUUAUCAAGGUCAAAUCAAAUUAUACAAAACUCACCCUAAUUUCUAGGGUUUUCAUCUCCAAAUUUCACAAUUUCAAAAUUUAUGGUCUUGCAGACUUUAAUAUAACAGAUAGACGGCAGAGGGAAUAAUUUUUUUGGUUGUCACAUUACUUCCUUUUGAAUUGUAUGACUGUGUUGGGUUUUCAUUAUGAGUGGUACGCCUAAGAGAUCUCACGAAGAGUCUGUUCACCCAUCUUCAAAACACCCGCAGCUUGAAGAUGCGGCUGGUGCAUAUUCCAAAUUGGUGUCGUCGUCAGUUUCAAAUGAGUAUCAUAUGCCUUAUGAUAUAGGUCAGGAUUCGCGGGCAGCAAAAGUACCUCGUGAUGCAGAUAGAAGAUCUCCUCUUCAGUCAUUGUAUAGGAUACCGUCAUCUUCUAAUGAUCCUCAUGCCGAUCAUCCUAUUGGUCCCGAAAACAGGUUAGAAUCAAGGGAUUCAAAGGACAGUAGAGAUCUCCGGUUUGAGAAUCGUGAUACAAAAACAGAGAAGAAGGAGUUGUUUGGAGAAGCAAGAAGGGAUCCUCAGAUUGCUAAAAACGAAAAGGAUGUGCGUGUUGAAGGUAGAGGAGAUGACAACAAGGAUGUGAGACAAGAUCGAGAUAGUCAUAAUGAUUUGAAAGGUGAUAUUAAGACAGAAAAGGAUGGUUAUAAUGUGGUUAGUAGCGUCCACUUGGAUUGGAAAGAUUCGAAAGAAUACCAUAGGGGAAAAAGAUAUUCUGAUGCUCCCGGCGGGAGUUUGGACCCCUGGAAUAUGUUACGUGGCAGUACUCAAGGUUCACAUGAGGUUGGAAAGGAAAGUUCGACAGCAGAACAAAGGGAAUACGGCGGGGAAGCUCAUGAAGCUGUUGGAGAGAACAAAAUUGAUUCUAAAGGUGAUGACAGAUCUAAAGAGAAAGAUAGAAAAAGAAAGGAGGUGAAGCAUCGGGACUGGAGUGAGAAGGAAAAGGAAAGAAGUGAUCGUAGAAAUAGUGCACAAGUUAGCAACACGAGUACUGACUGCAAAGAAUCAGUGAACGAUCGUAGAAACAAUGCACAAGUUAGCAACACGAGUACUGACUGCAAAGAAUCUGUGAAGGAAGAUAGAGAUGUCGAAAGGUGGGAGAGGGAGAAAAAAGAUCUUCCCAAAGAAAAAGAAAAUUUAAAAGAGAGGGAAAAGGAUCAGAUGAAGAGGGAAUCAUGGAAUGGAGCCGAGAAAGAUGUUUCAAAUAACGAGAAGGAACCUGUUGAUGGAUCAGCUAAGCUGCCUGAAGGAGAAACUGUGUUACCGGAGCAGAAGAAGCAAAAAGAUGUUGAUAGCUGGAAAAAUGUUGAUAGAGAAGCUAGAGACAGGAGAAAAGAAAGGGAUGCUGAUUUAGUAGGAGACAGGUCUGAUAAGCGUAGUAGGUGCUUUGACAAGGAAUCAGAUGAUGGGGAAGGGGCUAUAGAAAAGGAUAGGGAUGUCUAUAACUAUAGUGGUCAGCACCGCAAGAGGAUACAAAGAUCACGGGGGAGUCCCCAGGUGCCUAAUCGGGAGCCUCGUUUUAGAUCCCACACCCAAGACAAUGAAGGGUCUCAAGGUAAAAUAGAGGUUUCUUUUGUUGUUUACAAAGUUGGUGAAAGCAUGCAAGAGCUGACAAAGUUGUGGAGGGAAUAUGAAUCUUCUCAAUCUCAAAUUGAAAGAAAUGGUGAAAGCUCUAAUAGUGGCCCCACUCUGGAAAUUCGGAUUCCGUCCGAGUAUGUUACUGCUACAAACCGCCAAGAUGCUCUGAGACAUCAAUAUCCAUAUUCUGCCAAUAAUCUGGUCAGAGGUGGCCAGCUUUGGGGAACUGAUGUGUACACAUAUGACUCAGAUCUUGUUGCUGUUCUCAUGCAUACAGGUUACUGUCGCCCUACAUCAUCUUCGCCACCUGCAGCCAUACAAGAACUGCGUGCAACCAUUCGGGUGCUACCUCCAAAAGAUUGCUAUAUUUCUACAUUGAGAAACAAUGUGCGUUCACGUGCUUGGGGUGCUGCAAUUGGCUGCAGUUAUCGAGUGGAACAGUGUUGCAUUGUGAAGAAAGGAGGUGGAACUAUUGUUCUUGAACCUUGCCUUACUCAUACAUCAACAGUUGAGCCCACCCUUGCUCCAGUGGCUGUGGAGCGGACAAUGACUACCAGGGCCGCAGCUUCGAAUGCAUUGCGGCAGCAAAGAUAUGUUCGGGAAGUUACUAUUCAGUACAAUCUUUGCAAUGAGCCCUGGAUCAAAUAUAGUAUAAGCAUUGUAGCUGACAAGGGUCUAAAAAAGCCUCUCUACACAUCUGCUCGAUUGAAAAAGGGAGAAGUUUUGUAUUUGGAGACGCAUACAUCCAGAUAUGAGCUUUGUUUUGCUGGAGAGAAAAUGGUCAAGGCUACACCAGCAACUCAGUCGCAUGACCCAGGCGCAGAGAAGUCUCAAAAUCACCACCCACAUUCUGCAAAUGGUGAAAAAAAUGAGUCUGAUCAAGUCAUGAUUGAUGCGUACCGGUGGUCUCUUUGUAAGAAGCCUCUGCCACAGAAAGUGAUGCGUGUGAUUGGCAUCCCUCUGCCUCUUGAACAUGUUGAGGUGUUGGAGGAGAACUUGGACUGGGAAGAUGUACAAUGGUCACAAACUGGUGUUUGGAUUGCUGGAAAAGAAUAUCCCCUUGCACGGGUGCAUUUCUUGUCAAUGAAUUGAUUUUAUUUUUUGGGGGAUAUUAUUUACGUUGUUUUACGUUUUUUUGGGAGUGAUGGUGGGAUGAGAUAAUUAGUAUAUUAUUAAUUAAUGUACUUUAUUUGGAAAAAUAUUGUUUCGUGUAACUUAAGCAGUCGUUGUUUAUGUGGGGCAUGGUUAUUGAGACCAAUAAAAAUUUCUUUACAUUGUGAAUAUAUAUUUUUUAUUAAACA